AUGGCACCACUUGGAGCGAGGUUUCGCUCACAGCUUGCUCCCAGGCAAGUGCAGCACAUAAAACGUCACAAAGGACGCAUUCCUAUCCCAACUGGUGGUUCAACUAAAGGCACAACAUUAGCCUACGGCGAAUGGGGUAUCAGGAUCAAGGGAAUGGGAGUCCGUUUUAGUGCGAAGCAACUGACAACAGCCGAGGAAGUCAUCAAGAGAAAAAUCAAAGUGGUCAAAGGAGCGAAAGUAUACUUGAGGGUAUUCCCGGAUAUCCCUGUUUGCAUCAAGGGAAACGAAACGCGUAUGGGUAAAGGAAAAGGAACUUUCGAAUUUUGGGCAACGCGUGUACCUACCGGGCGAGUAAUCUUUGAAAUUGGAGGGACUCCAAUCAGAGAAGAGCUGGCGAGAGAUGCCCUGCGUCAAGCAGCGGAUAAACUGCCUACAACUAUGGAAUUCAUUACAAAAUCAUCGCCUCCUCGUUUGGGCAACAUGCUGGUUCAACCUGAACUCCCAGUGGUACCCCCUUCGCCUGCAGUAUCGCCCACUAUAGAGACAUCGUAA